GUUCUUAAAGCAAAUUUAAACAUGGUUUUAGACCAAGAGUUUCCCACUUGGUUUUCUGUUUUCUUUUCUUUUCUCUUCGACCAAACAAUGACAUUGGGUUUUGUACAAUAAUUUUCCUAGAACAUCAUUGUCUUAAGCGUGCUUGCAAAAUCUAUUGUGCCUUUGAGUGAAAACAUCAAUCAAUCAAUGGAUUUCUUUUGCCAUGUGCCCUCUUUCUCAACCAACCCUCAUGAGUGCAUCUUAAGCGUUUCCAGAUUUAGAUACCCAAAGCUACUCUUCGAGACAUAAUCAACUGAAAACUACAAUACAAAUUACUGGUAUUAAUAAUAAAUGAAGACAGCUUGCUUGAAAUAUACUAUGUAAAUUAUUAGUGAGGAAGUUAAGAGAAAUAGAAUGAAACAGAGAGGAAUAAAGAUUAAAAGCUAAUAAGAGAAUCAAGUCUUGCAGCAUACGAUGGUGGAGACGGACACAGAAAGCUUACGGCGGGAAAAAGACGAAAGCAAAGAAAAUUCGGAAAAGCAAUCUCUCUCUUCUCUCUUUUGUACAGUUCCUAACGCCAUUUUAAUAUCACCCCCAGCCCUCCAAAAAAGAGAAAAAGAAGACAAAGAAAGAAAUCAGAGAAAAUCUCUCUUUCUCUUUGUUUCUCUCAUCUUCUCUCUCUCUGCUUCUGAGAGAAAGAGAGAGCUCUUCUUCGCAGAAACGUUUCUGUUUUUGGAUCUUAGAGUUUUGGGGCAGCCCAUUUUUUCAGAGUAGGAAGGGUGGAAUCGUCCCAAAGAGUCGACGACUGUUUUGAUAAAGACUGCUUGCAAGGGAAGUAAAAGAUUUCAAAGAUUCCUUUACUCAUCUGGUAGUCGUUACACGCUUUUCCACGCAAAAGAACAAAACACCAUUAUUGGAUCCAACGGUUUUGUUUAAAUGCACCGAAUUCGAAUGAAAAGAAACAAAAAAGUUGGAAGCUUGUCGUGCAUUUCAAGCAAUAAAUUGAGCUUCUCAUUUGCUGCAACAGAAAGUUCUUUCACUGGGGAAAUGGUUUCUUUGUGUGAACUGGAAUCUACUGGUUUUCUACUUUCCUGGAACAUUGAGUUGGUAAUGUGAUGAAGAGUGGAGGGUGUUGGUAGGUGUACAAGUGAAAUGGAGAGUGGUGUAGGAGGCAACAGCAAUGAGAGACAUGGAGUGUUUAAGGGUGACUCCUGGUUUAGCCAGUUCAGGAAUGGCUCCAAUCCUUGGAUGGCUAGAUAUGUCUAUGCAUUGAUCUUUCUAGUUUCAAAUUUGCUGGCUUGGGCUGUCCGAGAUUAUGGCCGGAUCACCUUCCCAGAAAUGGAAAAGCUGAAGAAUUGCCAAGGUGGCCGUGGUUGCUUGGGUGCAGAAGGAGUCCUGCGUGUGAGCUUGGGAUGCUUUGCAUUCUAUUUUGUAAUGUUUCUGUCAACUGCUGGUACCAAAAGGAUGUACAAUUGCAGAGACUCAUGGCAUUCUGGAUGGUGGUCUGCAAAGAUUGGCCUUUGGAUUGCCUUGACAAUUACCUCCUUUUUGGUUCCUACUUUCAUCAUACAGAUAUACGGGGAGAUUGCGCAUUUUGGUGCCGGGAUCUUUCUCCUAGUUCAACUAGUAAGCGUAAUCAGUUUCAUUAAAUGGCUGAACGAUUGCUGUCAGUCUGAUAAAAUUGCAGAAAGAUGCCACAUCCAUGUGAUGUUACUUGCAACUGCCGCAUAUGUUAUAUGCAUAGUGGGGAUCAUCAUGAUGUACAUCUGGUAUGCACCCGAACCAUCCUGUCUCCUCAACAUUUUCUUCAUCACAUGGACACUUGUGCUUCUGCAUCUCAUGACCAGUGUUUCCCUCCACCCCAAAGUGAAUUCUGUCUUCUUGACUCCUGGCCUCAUGGGACUUUAUGUGGUAUUCAUCUGUUGGUGUGCCAUUCGAAGUGAACCAGCAGGGGAAAGUUGCAACAGGAAGGCAGAAGCUUCCAACAAAACAGACUGGCUGACUAUCAUAAGCUUCGUUGUUGCACUACUGGCUAUGGUAAUUGCCACAUUUUCUACCGGUGUUGAUUCUCAAUGCUUUCAGCUGCAGAUCAGGAAAAAGGAAGCACCUGCUGAAGAUGCAGUACCAUAUGGUUACGGUUUCUUCCACUUCGUUUUUGCCACUGGAGCAAUGUACUUCGCAAUGCUAUUGAUUGGCUGGAACACACAUCAUACUAUUAAAAGAUGGACAAUCGACGUUGGUUGGACCAGUACUUGGGUCAGGAUCGUGAAUGAAUGGCUAGCCGUCUGCGUUUACUUGUGGAUGCUGGUGGCUCCUGUUAUAUUGGGGUGCGGACGAACAACUGAACCUGCAUGAAAAGCUUUUGGAAAGGGUGUUGAAAUUCAUUUUGCAGUUGCUCCAAACCAUUUGCUGUCACAUAAAUGUCAUCAGUCUACUUUGCAGAUACAAGGACUUGAAGCAUGGUAGCAUUGCUUAUAAUUGACUAGAGCUGGAGCAACACCAAACAUCCAAAUUCUUUUGCCUAGCUGAAGGAAAAUUGAGGCUCAACCCUCCUCUGUCUCAGCUAAAAGGGAGAAUAGGGAAAUUACACAGUAUGUUGAAAUUUGUCAAGAAGAAUGCCAAUUAAUAUUUGUAAAUACACAAUUGAAGGAAGAUAGUUUUCAGAAAAGAAAAAGUUUCAAACCCUUGGAAAUUUACAUUUUUGGUGGCCUACUCUCCCUACAAAAAUAAAUGGUUCUAUAGGGAAUUUACUUGCCUCCUUCGCCCAAUUUUAACCAUGGGCUUUUCGGUACAGUCCAAGGUUGCAGAAUUCCAAAUGCAAAAAUUCAAGUGCAAAAUUGUAAUUUCA